AUGAUCAAGGUUGAUAAGACAUAUUCUACGGUAGAACGGUUCCCCCAUAUCUUUGAUAACCCCGAGACCCUAUCGAAGGACAGAGACCCCUUUACCGUCACUACUUCAACGGGUUUCUUGCCCUUACGGCUCCCUCCUACAUGUUUGCCGGAUGUUUUCCAAGCCGUCAACUCCCUUCUUUCCCGUCUUCCCGUUGUUAAGGAUGAUGGAUCACCUGGCUUGCUAGCCACUUAUGAGCUUGGCCCUGCUGUUCUUGCUGAGCUUCCGGACCUAACUGAUGAAGUGGACAAACUCGUCACCGAAGAUGGCAAACUAGAUCUUUUUAUGAUCACGGCUGUAUUUAGGGACUAUUCGUUCAUCUGCUCAGCUUACCUGCUUGAGCCAUGCUGGGAGAGAUGGGUAAAGGACCCUGCCGGUGGUUAUUAUGGUUUAGGUCGGGAGACGUUACCGAAAUGUAUUGCUCGACCUCUCUAUCGAUGCGCAGAGAUACUUGAUAUCCCGCCUUUCAUGUCUUAUGCAGCUGCUUAUGCCUUGUAUAAUUAUACUGUUGAUGAGCCCUGUCGAAGCUUAGAGUAUUCAAACCUGAAACUGAUCCGUGCUUUUGAGCGGGGACUCGACCCCAAGAGCUCCGAAGCGGGUUUCAUUCUAACGCACGUUGAUAUGGUAAAGGAGACUGGACCUUUAGUCAGUGGUGCCGUCCGCAUCCUCAACAGGCUGGAGGAAAGCAAAGGACCUUCAGCUCGGGAAGAGGUCAAUGACGCAUUCAGAGAAAUACUAAAGGCUAUGAAGAGAAUUGAAACAAGCAUGGAAGACAUGUGGAAAAACUCUAAACCGGCCGAUUACCUCUCAUUCCGAGUUUUUAUUUUUGGUAUCACGUCUCAGGCCAUGUUUCCGAACGGUGUCAUCUAUGAUGGCGUCUUGGACAACAAGCCGCUAAACUUCCGUGGGGAGAGUGGCGCUAAUGACAGCAUUAUCCCUUUGCUUGACCAUCUUCUUCAAAUUCCCAUGCCAGCUACCCCAUUGACAAAAAUUCUUCAUGAAUUCCGCGCUUAUCGCCCACUGCCACACCGUGAAUUUUUGGCACAUGUGGCGUCCAAAGCAGAGGAACUCCGCGUUCAAGAAUUUAGUGUCCAGGAUCAAGAAACUGUACUUCUGUACUUGAAAGCCCUGGAUCAUGUCCGAAGCUUCAGAUGGAGACACUGGCUGUUGGCCAGGGAGUAUAUCAUUAAACGAACACAGUAUCCUACAGCAACUGGUGGAAGUCCAAUUAUCACAUGGCUACCAAACCAACUGUUUGCCGUACUGGACCUCAUGAUCUCCAUUCACGAUAAAUAUGUCGCGCCAUUUACCAGUAAGGACGUGCCCCAUAUUGUUGGGGCAAAUGGUUCCAACCAGAAGAAAGUCGAGAAGCUGGAAACCUUCAACUAUUAUCGGGCUCAGGCCAAGGAUAUGAUGACGCUGGUACGCGAUCAGAAGGAUAAAUUGGACAAAGAAGUUGCGAGGUGGUGUAAGGAGCGUGGGGUUUGA